AGUACACGAAAUCUCGCGGUAUUUGCAGUGUUUACGGGAAGCCAUUGCGCGGGCUGCGGGGUCUGUUUUGUUUGAAAUUAGAUUCGUAAGAUCUUUAGAUGUGAUAUUACGAAGAAAGGAUUUCACAUUAAUACUCACCGUCAGGUUCAGACCGUUCAGGAGAAGUGCUGCUUUCUGUAUUUGAUGUUAACGCGCGCGCUCACUCAUCGUCGUGCAAACAGCGAGCGUCCUGGUAGCUUUGCUUUCAUUAAACUCUGAACAAAUCACUCAUCAUGGGAUAUUUAAAGUUAAUAGAGAUAGAAAACUUUAAAUCUUACAAAGGCCGACAAAUAAUCGGCCCUUUCCACAAGUUUACGGCUAUUAUCGGGCCGAACGGAUCAGGCAAGUCAAACCUCAUGGACGCCAUCAGCUUCGUCCUGGCCGAGAAGACCAGUAACCUGCGCGUGAAGACGCUGAAGGAUUUGAUUCACGGAGCUCCGGUGGGUAAACCUGCGGGCAACCGGGCGUUCGUGACUAUGGUGUACCAGCUGGACAGUGGGCAGGAUCUGUCCUUCUCUAGAAUCAUCAUAGGUUCCUCGUCGGAGUACCGCAUCAAUAAUAAAGUGGUGGGUCUGUCCGAGUACAGCGAAGAACUGGAGAAACUGGGAAUCCUUAUCAAAGCCAGAAACUUUCUGGUGUUUCAGGGUGCCGUUGAGUCCAUCGCUAUGAAGAACCCUAAAGAGAGGACGGCUCUGUUUGAGGAGAUCUCUCGCUCUGGAGAGCUGGCGCAGGAGUACGACAGAUGCAAGAAAGAGAUGGUGAAGGCCGAGGAGGACACGCAGUUUAACUACCACCGUAAGAAAAACAUUGCCGCCGAGCGAAAAGAAGCCAAACAGGAGAAAGAAGAGGCCGAGCGUUACCAGCGGCUCAAGGAUGAGGUGGUGCGCGCUAACGUUCAGUUACAGCUCUUCAAACUCUUCCACAAUGAAUCUGAGAUCGACAAACUGAACCGAGAGCUUGCCCACCGCAACAAAGAGAUCGAUAAAGACAGAAAGCGCAUGGACCGUGUGGAGGAGGAGCUGAAGGACAAGAAAAAAGAGCUGGGCAGAAUGAUGAGAGACCAGCAGACCAUUGAGAAAGAGAUCAAGGAAAAAGAUGCAGAACUCAAUCAGAAGAGGCCGCUCUACAUUAAAGCCAAAGAAAACACGGCACACAAGAUCAAAAAGCUGGAGGCCGCCCGCAAAUCUCUUCAGAACGCCCAGAAAUGCUACAAAAAGCGCAAGGCUGACAUGGAGGAGCUGGACCGCGAGCAGGGCGCUGUGGAGAUGGCUAGACAGGAGUUUGAGGAACGCAUGGAGGAGGAGGCUCAGAGUCAGGGACAAGAUCUCCAGCUGGAGGAGAACCAGGUGAAGGCAUAUCACCGUCUGAAGGAGGAGGCCAGUAAGCGAGCAGCAACACUAGCCCAAGAGCUGGAGAAAUUUAACAGAGACCAGAAAGCUGACCAGGACCGACUGGACCUGGAGGAGAGGAAGAAGAUUGAGACCGAGGCUAAAAUCAAGCAGAAGAUCAGAGAGAUUGAGGAAAACCAGAAACGCAUUGAGAAGCUGGAGGACUACAUCACCACCAGCCGACAGUCUUUGGAUGAGCAGAAAAGGAUGGAGGAGGAGCUGACAGAGGAGGUGGAACAGGCCAAACGAAGAAUCGAUGAGAUUAACACGGAGCUCAAUCAGGUGAUGGAGCAGUUGGGUGACGCUCGUAUCGACAGACAGGAAAACAGCAGACAACAGCGUAAAGCUGAGAUCCUGGAGAGCAUCAAGAGACUUUAUCCUGGAUCAGUGUAUGGCCGACUGAUUGACCUCUGCCAGCCCACGCAGAAGAAAUUCCAGAUUGCCAUCACCAAAGUUCUGGGCAAGAACAUGGACGCCAUCAUCGUGGACUCUGAGAAAACGGGUCGCGACUGCAUCCAGUACAUUAAAGAGCAGCGCGGAGAACCUGAGACCUUUCUUCCUCUGGACUAUCUGGAGGUCAGACCCACAGACGAGAAGCUGCGCGAGUUGCGCGGUGCUAAACUGGUGAUUGACGUGAUCCGUUACGAGCCGCCGCACAUUAAGAAAGCUCUGCAGUACGCCUGUGGAAAUGCUCUGGUGUGUGAGAACGUGGAGGACGCUCGCAGAAUCGCCUUCGGAGGACCGUACAGACACAAGACGGUGGCUCUGGACGGGACGUUGUUCCAGAAGUCUGGUGUGAUCUCCGGAGGUGCCAGCGAUCUGAAGGCCAAAGCUCGCCGAUGGGAUGAGAAAGCUGUGGAUAAACUGAAGGAAAGAAAGGAGAAACUCACCGACGAGCUGAAAGAGCAAAUGAAGGCCAAGAGGAAGGAGGCAGAGCUUCGUCAGGUGCAGUCUCAAGCUCACGGCCUACAGAUGAGACUGAAAUAUUCUCAGAGUGACCUGGAGCAAACAAAGACCAGACACCUGUCUCUCAACAUGCAGGAAAAGUCCAAACUGGAGAGUGAGCUUGCUAACUUUGGUCCUCGCAUCAAUGACAUUAAGAGAAUCGUCCAAUCGCGUGAGCGAGAUAUGAAGGACCUGAAGGACCGCAUGAAUGUGGUAGAGGAUGAAGUCUUUGUGGAGUUCUGUAAGGAGAUCGGCGUGCGUAACAUUCGUGAGUUUGAGGAAGAGAAGGUCAAGAGGCAAAAUGAGAUUGCAAAGAAACGCCUCGAGUUUGAGACUCAGAAGACGCGUCUGGCCAUCCAGCUGGACUAUGAGAAGAACCAGCUGAAGGAAGACCAAGAGAAGGUCAUCAUGUGGGAGCAGACAGUGAAGAAAGAUGAGAAUGAGAUCGAGAGAUUGAAGAAGGAAGAGCAGAGGAACAUGAAGAUCAUAGACGAGACCAUGGCACAGCUGCAGGAUCUCAAAAACCAACAUCUGGCCAAGAAGUCUGAGGUAAACGAUAAAAACCACGAGAUGGAGGAGAUCCGGAAGAAACUGGGAGGGGCCAACAAGGAAUUGACGCAGCUGCAGAAGGAGGUGACCGCCAUCGAGACCAAACUGGAGCAGAAACGCAGUGACAGACGCAACCUGCUGCAGGCCUGUAAGAUGCAGGACAUCAGACUGCCGCUGCGCUCGGGAACGAUGGAUGACAUCAGUCAGGAAGAGGGAAGCUCUCAGGCUGAAGAAAGUCUCAGCAGCAGUCAGAAGACCUCCAGCACUGUCCUGGCUAAAGAAGCUCUCAUCGAGAUCGACUACAGCAGUCUGUCUGAGGAUCUGAAGGACUCGCUGGCGGAGGACGAGGUGAAAGGGGAGAUGAACACCUUACAGCAGAGACUGAAUGAACAGCAGAGCAUUCUCCAGAGGAUCAGCGCUCCUAACAUGAAGGCCAUGGAGAAACUAGAGAGCGUCCGAGACAAGUUCCAGGAGACCAGCGACGAGUUCGAAGCAGCCAGGAAGAGGGCGAAGAGAGCCAAGCAGGCGUUCGAGCAGAUCAAGAAGGAGAGAUUUGACCGUUUCAAUGCCUGUUUUGAGUCUGUGGCCACCAACAUCGACGAGAUCUAUAAAGCCUUGUCACGCAACAGCAGCGCACAGGCGUUCUUAGGUCCUGAGAACCCAGAGGAACCGUAUCUGGACGGCAUCAACUAUAACUGCGUGGCUCCGGGGAAACGCUUCAGGCCUAUGGACAACCUGUCUGGAGGAGAGAAGACUGUGGCGGCACUGGCCUUGCUCUUCGCCAUUCACAGCUAUAAACCUGCUCCGUUCUUUGUGCUGGAUGAGAUUGAUGCUGCGCUCGACAACACCAACAUCGGCAAGGUGGCAAACUACAUCAAAGAUCAGUCGGUCCUGAACUUCCAGGCCAUUGUGAUCUCCCUGAAAGAAGAAUUUUACACUAAAGCCGACUCGCUGAUCGGAGUCUAUCCUGAGCAAGGAGACUGCGUUAUCAGUAAGGUCUUGACCUUUGACCUCUCCCAGUAUCCUGAUGCCAACCCCAAUCCCAACGAGUGAAGCCUUCCUCACAUUCCCAGAAACAUUUCUCAUGUUUGUUUUGCUAUGUAGUCUCUAAGGAUCACUGUAGCUUCUUAAAUUCUCUCAUUCAAUUCUUAUUAGUCUCUUAUUUACUCCUUUAUCAACUCAGAUAGAACCUAUUAUCUGCCUUUUUUUACUGUUUUAUUUGACAUCGUGUGUUUUUGUGUAUCAUCAGGCAUGUCAUUGAAACUGCAUGUGAAAUCAGACUUCUCCAGACUGUCUUUCUCUUCGUAUUGUUUCCUUUUACAGCUGAACACAUAUUAAAGAAGACAUGCAGAUGUACUCUUUUAACUGUAACCCUUUCUCUAGGAAAAUAAACUGCUUU